AUGACAUUUCCUGCGUACCUUAUUUGUUUAGUUGUUCUGCAAGGCACAGCACUGGCAACGAGCCAUGAAACCCGUUCUGCAUAUUCAUGUGCUAUUGACAUUAAAUCGCAUUCUCGAAAAAGUGACGAUGUAGCUACUAAGCUUUAUAAACUUUUUAAUCCAAAUAGUAUGAGAACAGCUAAUGACCAUGUCUUCUUCUAUUUGUAUACAAAAGAAAAACCCAAAGAAUAUGAAAUAGUAUUCGGAAAUUCUUCAAGUAUACAGAAGAGUUCUUUUAAUAAGAGUCGCUCGACUAAAAUUGUUACUCAUGGGUAUCUCGGCUCUAGAAAUGAAGCGUCAUGUACACUUCUAAAAGAUGCAUUUUUAAAAAGUAGAGAUUAUAAUAUAAUUGUUGUUGACUGGUGGAAAAUGCAAUCAAUUUGGGGCACAAUUCCACUGGAUUAUUGGACGGUAGCUGGUUUUGUCGGACAAGUUGGUAGUUACGUGGCAACAAUGAUCAAUUUCCUCGAAAAUCAGGGAAUGAACCUAGAAACCACCACUUUGAUUGGACAUUCCCUGGGCGCUCAUGUAAUGGGAGUUGCAGGUCAUAACGCCAAUAGCAAAGUCAAUUACAUCGUAGGAUUGGAUCCAGCAUUUCCGGCAUUUGAAAAUAAAGGGCCAGGUGAAUGUUUGUCAGUGGAAGAUGCAGAAAUAGUCGAGGUGAUACACACAAACAGCGGUAAUUGCGGUGUACCAAAUGAAAUAGGUCAUUACGACUUUUACCCGAAUGGCGGCUCGAAACAACUUGGCUGUGGUACCAACGUGUGUUCGCAUUCGCGCGCCUACGAAUACUACGCUGAGUCCAUUUACAGUGAGACCGGCUUUUACGGUCGAAAAUGCAAUAGUUUAGAAUCAGUUGAGAGUGGAGUUUGUGACGGUGACAUUGUGAUUAUGGGUGGCCAUAGCAAGAAGAAACAGUCACCUUUUGGAAUUUAUUAUUUAAAAACUAACAAAUCAUCGCCGUAUGCUUUAGGAAUGAAAUAA